CGCCAGUCCCCCGAAUCUCCACCGGGCCAGACCCAACAAGGCGCAGCAAUAACAAGGCCCCGACUUUUUCUCUCUCUCCCUCUACACCAUAACAGCUUUCCACAGCUUCCAGUCUCUUUUCCUUCUCCCUCUGAGAGUAAACAUUCUGCCGCCUGACCUUUUUGCAGGCCCGCCCGUUGCUUGAACCACUCACAAUCUACGAGUACGCAGUAGUCCAUAGUGGCUGCCGACCUUACGUACGCUGGGUGCUUCGCGUUCGCAAUCAUCCGAACUCCCCUCCUCCAGGCCCCAUCCAACCAUCUCCCGACCUCCCCGUCCGGUUCCUACAUCCGGUCUCCUCCUCCCAGGAACCUGCUUACACCAGUCCUGCUUGAUACGGGAACCAUUCAGAUUUUCUACCGCUUUUCACCCACUCGCAAACCCACAACUCGAUCGUCCACAGUCCAACGCUCCUCGUGUACAUACAACCACCUCCUUCUCCCCCCGACCGGCUCUUUCAUUUGUUGCUAGGCUGCAAUAGCUGUCCCACCCCGCCUACGCAACCGUCUCCAUCCUGAAGGACGCGCACAGGGUGGAUCGCGAGAACCCCUGGCACUCUCCCCAGUGUCAACACAACGUGGAUUCGACCAUCCGUACCGGGGGUUGACCUCCCCCAGGAGGUCAUCCCGGAUGCCCGAGACGGACAAAAUGUGUCACGACUCGACGCGCAUCGAGCUAGAGGCGGAGGACGCAGGUCUGUCCCGCCCGGAUGCGACCAAGUGCGCGCGACACGGCAGGCUGUCCAUGUCCCAGGGCCGUCGAUGGCGAGAUACUUCUAAGCGUCGGCGGGGACGAACCUCCCGUCGAUGGAGCUCCUCCAGCACCUGGUGGAUAGCCCUGGUGUGCUUGGUUCUAUCAUGGAUCUCGCCAGCCGCAGCUGCGUUGUUGACCUUUGAAAACUGCUUGAGCGAAUCAAUUCUGGACUCCAACCCGACCCAGUUGCAAUACAUCCCGCUCAACGUCUCCGUGCAUUUCAAUUUCACCGACCCCUUACACCCGUUGAAUGUCACGGUCUACGGCAAUGUGUCGGGCACGGCCGACGGUUCUCAGGCUCCUUCUUGGACAGAUUCGUCGUGGAAUAAUCAGAGCUCGACAGUGGGAAAGAUUACCGACCUGAGCACCUCGAAUAACAAGUACAGCACACUAAUUACCUCUUUUGACGUACUGAGCUUCACACCUUGGAACAAUGCGUCGCGGUUCUGCGAAUCGGUCACGCAGGGCGAGUGUCCGCUGGGUCCAGUCUUCACUUAUAAUUUGAGUGAUCUGAGUACGUUGCGAGCUUUCUCCGUUCAACAUGACAUGCUUUCCACGUACCGGUUUUCGACGAUCAACCCAACAUUCAUUAUUCGAUCUGGCGACUCGUCGGCAGCCGAGUUGGGCUGUAUCACGGUUCCGAUCACACCAGACUUUGGCACCUCCCUCAAGAAUGCCCUCGCCUACGUACCGCUAGUGAUAUUGCUGUUGGUGGGAAUUGCCACCGUGGCAGCGGCGAUGUAUAGCCCCUGGGGGACAACGGACAUCUUCCGAUGGACAAGCAAUUACGGCCGCGAUGAGGACGUGCUACGACUGGUGACGCCUGGCUUUGCGGACUGUCUGCAGUACUUGCAAUACGUCGUCCUGACCGGUUCUCUGUCGCUAGACUACCCUGGAUUCUUCCAGCCUGCUGUCAGCCACGGGUCCUGGUCGGUCUUGAUGUUCAAUCAGAGCGUUGUCCAUCCCGAUGGCGGUAACACUCCCGUUGUCGACGGGGUAUAUGCAAUCAAUGGGACGUAUGGCCUCGACCGAAUGAACCAGCUGGUCGGCAUGGCCUCCACUAAGGAUAUCUGGCCGGGUAUGAUGGUCUGGACGCUGGUCAUCUUGGUAGCCAUGACUGUCAUCUGCCAGAUCGGGUUUGGACUGCGCUGGCUCCAUCGCGAACUCGCACACAGUACAGAGCAGGACCUGCGCGCCAAGAACAUGCCGUUUACCAUUGGCAACGUCAUUCGUAUUGUCUUCAACUACCUUCUCCUUCCCAUAAUUUCCCUCUCCUUCUUUCAACUCGUUAUCGCCAAAGGCUCUCCUGCGUAUAGCGUUGCGCUCGCAGCCGUGGUCAUCAUCAUCGUCAUCUGCUUCUCGAUCUGGCUGGUUCGCGUUAUCGUGUCCACCAGACCAAAAUCCCACCUCUUCGAUGACCUCCCUACCGUCCUAUUGUACGGACCACUCUAUAAUACAUACUGCGACGAUGCCGCCGCUUUUGCCAUGGUCCCCAUCUUUCUCAACUUUGCCCGAGGUGUUGGAAUUGGAGCGCUGCAGCCGUCCGGCAUUGCACAGGUUGUCCUGCUGGCCAUUUGCGAGGUCGUUUCCGUGCUGACCCUGAUCGCUUUCCGCCCUUUUCCUUCCCCGACCCAUAUGAACUUUUACCAUGGUAUCUUCUCCUGUGUCCGAUUCCUGACAAUGAUCAUGAGUGUGGUAUUCGUUCCCUCUCUCACAGUGUCCUCCGCUGCGCGGGGCUGGAUCGGCUAUGUUAUCCUCGUCUUGCACGCAUUGGUUCUUAUCUUUGGUUUCUUCCUUAAUGCCUUGCAAACGUUGAUCGAAGUCUUGGCCCGACUCGCUGGUGCUGGUGGCGCCACUCGUGGUGGUUUGGUCAAGGUCUUCGGAAUGCGGCAACUGUCACGGCGUGUGCCGCGCCAGGAUCUCGCUCGACAGAGUAUGGGCUCUGAGGCAGCGAUGCUGGCGCAUGCUGAUGACAGGUUGUCCUCGCAAUUUGGAGACUCACGGCCACGCAGCUUGUCUGGGAGUUCUGCUCUCCUACUAAACCGCGCGACAGCUAGCGAGGGGCGUGCCAGCGCAGUCCUUGAUUACGCCAGUUCUCAGGGCGGUGGUUCGCACAGCCGUGCCCCGAGUGGUAAUCUGUAUGCGCAGUCUCCUACUGCAUAUACCGGGGCCGGUGGAUAUUCCAGCGGAUCACCGAACAGUAGCACAUUUAUUGCAGCGCAUCCACGUGAUCCGUACUACCGACCGCCACGCCCAGGGCGGAGAACGCCCCAAGGCUCCUUUGAUCGGAGCAAACGGAGCUCGAGAUCAUUUUUGAAAAGUCGCGGGCGCGAUGAAGAGGACAUUGGCGAAGCAAACCCGAUGUCUGGUCGGGGCACGCCCGUGCCUGCAUACCUGCCCGCGCCCAAGGAUGAUAUGGAGAUGGAGGACACUGAGCAAAGAAAGGACUAUGCGGUUCGUGAGGUUGAUUUCUACUACCGUGUGCGUGGACCUCCACUCUCGCAUACCGGUACUCGAAAAUUGAAGACAGGACCGGCCGAUCCCACCGGCCCCGUUUCUUCUGCUACUGGCUGGUUCCGUAACUUGUUCCAGGGCAAGACCAAGGACAAGGGUAAAGGCUUCGAGGUCGUUCGAAGUGCUCGGGCGCCACCUCCAGGCCUUUUCCCGGUUAGCGACUAUAAUGAGCCCUACCUCGAUGACCCCCAGGCGGAAGAUGCUGCGGCCGGUGGUCACUCUAGAAAUGUGUCUACGAGUGAAGUCCCCUAUCGUGACUCUGAAGGCGAGCAGGGUGGUGACCAUAGCAGUGAGCAUGGUGAGCAAGAACCCAAGGACGCUGGUGAGACCUCAAGGCCUCCGGUUCUGCCAGAGCUGAAUACAGUUGGCGGCAUUGAGCUACCAAGUCGUGUCGGAUCUCGUCGUACACAGGCAGCAUCUGAACACGGAGCAGAGGAUGUCUUUUCAGGUCUAUCUGUCGUAACCGAGGCAUCUUCGCCGCAAUCAAAAAUUACCCCGUCUCAUUCAGAUCACCACCUCCAACCCCAGUCAUCUCCCGCCACCGCCCGUCUCCCAUUCAGCGGCAGCAGCUCACCAUCCCGCGAGCGAGGACUCUCGGUCGCAUCAACAUCUGGCUCCCUGACUUCCAGUCAGAAGACCGGCCGCGAGGGCAGCCGAACAGAGCGACCCUCGAGCAUGGGCUAUGUGGCGCAGCACCGCACGCGCGAUAACAUCCACGAAGCCAGUCCCGACGAGCCCUCCUUCAGGGGCAGCGCAGCGGAACUCGUCGUCGAACAUACUCACAACGAGCACUAAAACCUCCAAUACCAAAAUUCCCUCUUCCUCCAAAAAAAUAAUUAUCCUAGUGUGUAUACAUGCAAAACACCAUCUACUUUAUGAACUCAUUAUCCCGCCUCUGCUCUCCUCAAACUCUGGCCGUUGUCACACAGCUACACCUCAACCCCCCGACAAUUGUAUUCCACCAAGCGGAUUGGCCUUCAUUAAUGCCCCGGACACGAAUUUUCUUUUCUUUCCAUUCUGCUUCUGUUGUUUGCUAAUAUCAAUUUUGCUUCCCCUCGCCUCCUUCCUUUCCACUGAAGCUCUGCUUUUCUAAGCUAUGGUCCUGUGAAAUGUGAUUCUAGCUGUUGGCUGUGGUUGUCUCUUUUCAUUGGAGAUUGAACCUCAAUGAACUCUUGAUUUAACAUUUCGACUGUUUCUCCCCAAAAUUGCUGCUAGGCGUUUCGUUCAACGGGCUUGCUUGUUUCAAUCUAUGCAUUUGCUUUUGUACUUUUGCGAUUGGAUCUGAUAUCUAGCCUCCUUUUUGGAUUGGUUUUGGCUAUUAUGUGUUUUUCUUUCCAUACUUGUUCUGGAGGGUUGGCUUUUUGAGUGCAGAUUGAUGGAUACUGGGUGUGUGUAGCUGCGGUGGCAGCUGUCAGGAUUGCUCUCAGAAGGGUACUGCUCUAAAGGUGUGCUCUUUGGUAGUCAAGUGUAAUUAACAGGCCUCGUUACUUGACUGGCAGAUUCCCUGCUGAGCCAAAAGCAAAAACACUGUAGCAAUCAUGUUUACGAAUUUGCCAAUACCUUC